UGCACAGAUGCACAUUACUCCUGCGUGUAUCCACCAUGUCCUUGCACUUGUUUUUCAUAACUUUGUGUGUGUCUUUCACUCAUCCAGGCGGGAGUGAUGUUCUGCAUGCCUACUCUCCUGGGGACAUCAUCAUCGGAGGACUUUUCCCUUUUCACAAACAAACUGAUAGAAACACAACACAUGGACCGUCCUCCUGCAGCGAGUUUGACCUUCAGACAUUCCUCCAAAGUCAGGUGAUGAUAUACGCCAUCAGAGAAAUAAACCAGCGGACACCGAGGGUUCUUCCCAACAUCACCAUCGGAUACGACAUCUACGACACCUGUGGAGACGUCAGCUUCGCUAUCGAAGCAACGCUAAAGCUUCUGAAGGAUCAGUCAGACCCUAAGAGCUGUUUGGUAUCUGAAAACUUUCAAACCAAAACAAAGGCAGUGAUUGGUGCAAAACAUUCUGAAGUGUCGAUAGCUGUCGCACGGGUUGUUGCUUUGUCCUCAGUCACCCAGAUUAGUUACACAUCGACCACCCAGCUCCUGAGCAGGAAGUUGAAGUUCCCCACUUUUCUGCGAACAAUAUCAAGCGAUGAAUAUCAGACAAAGGCCAUGGCGGAGCUGGUGGGGAAGUUUAACUGGAAAACUGUGGCCAUUAUAGGAAGUGAUGAUGAGUAUGGGAAAUAUGGCAGUGAUAACCUUUUCGACCUCUUCAGUGAAAUGAAAGAUGUCUGCGUUGAAUUUCUUGAAAUCCUGCCAGGUGACUUUUCCAAUAAAAAAAAUACCAGCCGAGAUCAACACCAGCCGAGGUUCGACAACAAUCUGUGGAGCAUCAUUUAUAACUCCUCUGCUGAGGCCAUCAUCCUGUUCACCAAGCUGUCCAAUGUUGAAGUCAUCAUGCAAGAAGCAAUUAGAAACAACCUCAAUAGAACUUGGAUUGCCAGUGAUAGCUGGUCCACCUCUGAAAGUAUCUUUAAACUCCGUGGAAUUGAGAGGGCAGGUCAGGUUUUCGGGUUCAUCUCCAAGAGGAAAAAGGUUCCCGGUUUUAAAGACUACGUCCUCUCAAAGUUCAACGGAACCACAAACACCAUCCUGGAGCAUUUCCUGACACUCAAUCCACUUUGUCCUAAACAACCUGAGGAGAACAGUGAAGCAAACUGCUUGAUACAAAACAGUCAACAAGGCUCCAACCGAAGUCUGGACCUGAGAUGCUUGGCAAAUCACAUCGACCAGGAUACAUCAUACAAUACCUACUUAGCCGUUCAAGUCGUUGUUGAGGGUCUCAGACGCCUGCUGAAGUGUGACAGUCACCACUGUGGACGCAGUGCCGAUUUCACAGCCUAUGAGCUUCUUUUGGAAAUCAAGAAAGUCAACUUUACUGUGGACACCACACAAAUAGAGUUCGACUCCAAUGGAGACCCUAUAAGUUUAGGAUUUGAUGUUGUCUACUGGAACAUGACUGCAUCAGAUAUACAAACCAUCGGAGAGUACUGGCCAAAUAAAUGUAUCAAGCUUCCGGUUGAACUUGUUGAGAAAAUGAGCAAUGUGUUGGUCACUGCCUACAACUGCUCUAAAACAUGUGAACAAGGACAGGAGCUGAAAAUCAAACACAAGUGCUGUUAUAGCUGUGAAUCGUGUGCAGAAGGAGACUUCUCCCCCGGAAAUGGUUCGAAGUGUGAAAAGUGUGGUGUGGAGAGGUAUUCCUCUCCACUGAAGGAUACCUGUUUGGACAAAACCGUUGAAUUCCUUCUCUGGUCCAACGCCUUCAUCAUCAUUCUGAGUUGCUUGGCAGUCUUCGGGAUCCUCGUCAUCGUUGUGUUUGCUGUUCUGUUUACUAUCUAUCGUAGAACUCCCAUUGUGAAGGCUGUUGGCGGUUACUUGUGUUUCUUGGAGCUUCUCUCCUUGCUGGCCUGCUUCUGCCUGAUUUUUAGCUUCAUAGUAGAACCCACUAAAGCCUCCUGCAGGUUAGGUCUGCCUUUGUUUGGCAUUUCCUGCUCCCUCUGCAUCUCCUGCAUUCUGGCCAACCUGCUCCAAAUCUUACUCAGCUUCAACUUUGAUUGGAGCAAAGGCUCCUGGAUGAAAAAGCUUAAUCAGCCAGCAUUGAUCGUGAUCGUUGUCCCUGGGGUCCAGUUGGCGCUGUGUGUGCCAUGGUUAUACUUCUACCCCCCCAGUACAGAUGAAAUUAUAUUGGUGAAUACCAUCCUGAAGCAGUGUACCAAAGGCUCCAAAUUGUUCUUCAUAGCCAUGUUGUGCUACAACUCUUUCCUGGCCCUCAUUUGUUUUUUGUUCGCAUUCAAAGGCAAAAAGUUGCCCGAUUUGUACAAAAAUGCAAGUCUUGUCUCCAUGAGUAUGAUGCUGUUUCUGAUCGUUUGGAUCCUCUUCAUCCCCAUUUAUAUCAGCAACUUUGGGAAGUACAAAAGAGCCAUACAGAGUGCAGCCAUUCUCGUUUUUGGCUACAGCAUCCUCUUCCUUCACUUGGCCCCAAAGUGUUACAUCAUGGUGUUCAGAAAAGAGAUCAAUAAUGAGAGGGCCAUAACCGAGUACAUCCGGAAACAUUAUGAGCAGAGAGGCAUCGCUGUGGUGAAAUCAUAAUCUCACAUGCACACAGCUGAAUUAAUGACAAAACAUUUCAAAUUGAAAUACAAAUCAUUGAAAUGUGGAGAAUAUUGAAGUAUACGAGCCAGACAGGAGAGAAGUAAAAUCUGAAAAGAAAGCAUUUUGUUAAAUGAAGAGCAGAAAUUUGGAGUUUUUCAUCUCUGUUCUCGUCAGUUUUUUCUUUUUUUUUCUUCAACAUUUAACUUCAUUCUCAACAUUGGAUUUAUCCAUGUCAUUUUGACUUUAUUGUUAAAACUUUCAGCUCUUCAUGUUUCAUCUCAUUCUCCACAUUUGAAUUAAUUCUCAACAUUUUGGCUCAAUAUUUCAUCUUUAUUAACAACAUUCAACUCUAUUCCCACUAUUUGUUCUCUACCUCUGUCUAGACAAUCCUCCCUCAUUCUCAACAAUCUGACUUCAUUGUUGACCUUUGUGCUUUUUUUCAUAAAGGUAAUAUUCUUGACAUUUCAACUUUAUUCUCAACACUGCAUCUCAAUUCUGGAAUUUUAAAUGGAAACAAAAUCAGAUUUCUAAUAUUUUGUUCUAUACAGAUGUACAAUUGUGUUUUUAAACUGCAAUUGAAUUAUUGUGUGUGUAGAUAACUCAGCUUUGUUACGAGCAGGCAGAUUCUGUUACCAUUGUACAUUUUUUUCUGUCUUCAUGCUAAGCUAAGCUAUGCUAUGCUAAGCUAAAUUGACCAGCAUCAUCCUUGAUGUGUGGCAGAUGGAUGAAGUCUCAUCUAACCUACAGGUUACUACAGGUUUACUAGUGAGUGUCACUAAACACUGUUUGUGCAGAGUAUUGCUUCUGUCUGAUCAUAAAAUACAAUUUACUUAAAAUCUGCUGCUGUAUCAUGAGACUCUUAACCUACGUUUCUCCCUUAUCAAAAUUUGAAAACAAUUAAUGAAUGGGACAAAACCUAUACAGGUUGAACAUACAGUAUGUGUUGUAUGACACCUUUUACCUCCUUUACUUUUGCUCUGUAAAUAUUGAUAUUUGUGCGUGUUGGCAGUCGUAAACAAGCUUAUCAGUUUUACAUUUCUAACCAAAUAGCCUUCAGGUUGUGUCAGACACUCGAACUAAACAGAUCAUGAAAGGACGGGUAGUUUUGUUAUUUGCUGCUUUUAACUUUAUCUGAUAUUUCUUUUCUUUUGUAUUUGAUAAUGGUAUAUUAUUUGUCUUUAAAAGAGACGAUUUUUUGGCUGAUGCUUCAUAAAGGACUUUACACUGUCAAAUGUUUUCUUUUAUUUAUGGGGGAUGCUUAGGUUAAAAAAAAAAAGAAAAGGGAACCUUCCAACAAUCCUUCUGUUUUGGGUCAGGAUGAUGUUAGGCAUAUGAACAGCAUCUGAUGAGUGGACAAUCUCAUUUCCCCCACCUCUGAUUGUGUUGCUUUGAAGCCAGAUGGUUGGUUGUGUUUUUCUGUCUGAUGUGAUCUUUGUUUUUAAUGUGCUGUAAACCAGUUUUAACUGAGUCAGGUCCAUUUAACUAUAACUUCUGUAAUGUUACUUUUAAUAUUUCCUGUAUUAUAACAUGGAUGGUGUGCCAUGGUUAUACUUCUACCCCCCCAGUACAGAUGAAAUGAUAUUGGUGAAUACCAUCCUGAAGCAGUGUACCAAAGGCUCCAAAUUGUUCUUCAUAGCCAUGUUGUGCUACAACUCUUUCCUGGCCCUCAUUUGUUUUUUGUUCGCAUUCAAAGGCAAAAAGUUGCCCGAUUUGUACAAAAAUGCAAGUCUUGUCUCCAUGAGUAUGAUGCUGUUUCUGAUCGUUUGGAUCCUCUUCAUCCCCAUUUAUAUCAGCAACUUUGGGAAGUACAAAAGAGCCAUACAUAGUGCAGCCAUUCUCGUUUUUGGCUACAGCAUCCUCUUCCUUCACUUGGCCCCAAAGUGUUACAUCAUGGUGUUCAGAAAAGAGAUCAAUAAUGAGAGGGCCAUAACCGAGUACAUCCGGAAACAUUAUGAGCAGAGAGGCAUCGCUGUGGUGAAAUCAUAAUCUCACAUGCACACAGCUGAAUUAAUGACAAAACAUUUCAAAUUGAAAUACAAAUCAUUGAAAUGUGGAGAAUAUUGAAGUAUACGAGCCAGACAGGAGAGAAGUAAAAUCUGAAAAGAAAGCAUUUUGUUAAAUGAAGAGCAGAAAGAAAAACAAUCGUCCUUCCUUUAGUUUAGCCUCAAUUUAUUUGGAGUUUUUCAUCUCUGUUCUCAUCAGUUUUUACUUUUUUUUUCUUCAACAUUUAACUUCAUUCUCAACAUUGGAUUUAUCCAUGUCAUUUUGACUUUAUUGUUAAAACUUUCAGCUCUUCAUGUUUCAUCUCAUUCUCCACAUUUGAAUUAAUUCUCAACAUUUUGGCUCAAUAUUUCAUCUUUAUUAACAACAUUCAACUCUAUUCCCACUAUUUGUUCUCUACCUCUGUCUAGACAAUCCUCCCUCAUUCUCAACAAUCUGACUUCAUUGUUGACCUUUGUGCUUUUUUUCAUAAAGGUAAUAUUCUUGACAUUUCAACUUUAUUCUCAACACUGCAUCUCAAUUCUGGAAUUUUAAAUGGAAACAAAAUCAGAUUUCUAAUAUUUUGUUCUAUACAGAUGUACAAUUGUGUUUUUAAACUGCAAUUGAAUUAUUGUGUGUGUAGAUAACUCAGCUUUGUUACAAGCAGGCAGAUUCUGUUACCAUUGUACAUUUUUUUCUGUCUUCAUGCUAAGCUAAGCUAUGCUAUGCUAAGCUAAAUUGACCAGCAUCAUCCUUGAUGUGUGGCAGAUGGAUGAAGUCUCAUCUAACCUACAGGUUACUACAGGUUUACUAGUGAGUGUCACUAAACACUGUUUGUGCAGAGUAUUGCUUCUGUCUGAUCAUAAAAUACAAUUUACUUAAAAUCUGCUGCUGUAUCAUGAGACUCUUAACCUACGUUUCUCCCUUAUCAAAAUUUGAAAACAAUUAAUGAAUGGGACAAAACCUAUACAGGUUGAACAUACAGUAUGUGUUGUAUGACACCUUUUACCUCCUUUACUUUUGCUCUGUAAAUAUUGAUAUUUGUGCGUGUUGGCAGUCGUAAACAAGCUUAUCAGUUUUACAUUUCUAACCAAAUAGCCUUCAGGUUGUGUCAGACACUCGAACUAAACAGAUCAUGAAAGGACGGCUAGUUUUGUUAUUUGCUGCUUUUAACUUUAUCUGAUAUUUCUUUUCUUUUGUAUUUGAUAAUGGUAUAUUAUUUGUCUUUAAAAGAGAAGAUUUUUUGGCUGAUGCUUCAUAAAGGACUUUACACUGUCAAAUGUUUUCUUUUAUUUAUGGGGGAUGCUUAGGUUAAAAAAAAAAAGAAAAGGGAACCUUCCAACAAUCCUUCUGUUUUGGGUCAGGAUGAUGUUAGGCAUAUGAACAGCAUCUGAUGAGUGGACAAUCUCAUUUCCCCCACCUCUGAUUGUGUUGCUUUGAAGCCAGAUGGUUGGUUGUGUUUUUCUGUCUGAUGUGAUCUUUGUUUUUAAUGUGCUGUAAACCAGUUUUAACUGAGUCAGGUCCAUUUAACUAUAACUUCUGUAAUGUUACUUUUAAUAUUUCCUGUAUUAUAACAUGGAUGGUGUGCCAUGGUUAUACUUCUACCCCCCCAGUACAGAUGAAAUGAUAUUGGUGAAUACCAUCCUGAAGCAGUGUACCAAAGGCUCCAAAUUGUUCUUCAUAGCCAUGUUGUGCUACAACUCUUUCCUGGCCCUCAUUUGUUUUUUGUUCGCAUUCAAAGGCAAAAAGUUGCCCGAUUUGUACAAAAAUGCAAGUCUUGUCUCCAUGAGUAUGAUGCUGUUUCUGAUCGUUUGGAUCCUCUUCAUCCCCAUUUAUAUCAGCAACUUUGGGAAGUACAAAAGAGCCAUACAUAGUGCAGCCAUUCUCGUUUUUGGCUACAGCAUCCUCUUCCUUCACUUGGCCCCAAAGUGUUACAUCAUGGUGUUCAGAAAAGAGAUCAAUAAUGAGAGGGCCAUAACCGAGUACAUCCGGAAACAUUAUGAGCAGAGAGGCAUCGCUGUGGUGAAAUCAUAAUCUCACAUGCACACAGCUGAAUUAAUGACAAAACAUUUCAAAUUGAAAUACAAAUCAUUGAAAUGUGGAGAAUAUUGAAGUAUACGAGCCAGACAGGAGAGAAGUAAAAUCUGAAAAGAAAGCAUUUUGUUAAAUGAAGAGCAGAAAGAAAAACAAUCGUCCUUCCUUUAGUUUAGCCUCAAUUUAUUUGGAGUUUUUCAUCUCUGUUCUCAUCAGUUUUUACUUUUUUUUUCUUCAACAUUUAACUUCAUUCUCAACAUUGGAUUUAUCCAUGUCAUUUUGACUUUAUUGUUAAAACUUUCAGCUCUUCAUGUUUCAUCUCAUUCUCCACAUUUGAAUUAAUUCUCAACAUUUUGGCUCAAUAUUUCAUCUUUAUUAACAACAUUCAACUCUAUUCCCACUAUUUGUUCUCUACCUCUGUCUAGACAAUCCUCCCUCAUUCUCAACAAUCUGACUUCAUUGUUGACCUUUGUGCUUUUUUUCAUAAAGGUAAUAUUCUUGACAUUUCAACUUUAUUCUCAACACUGCAUCUCAAUUCUGGAAUUUUAAAUGGAAACAAAAUCAGAUUUCUAAUAUUUUGUUCUAUACAGAUGUACAAUUGUGUUUUUAAACUGCAAUUGAAUUAUUGUGUGUGUUGAUAACUCAGCUUUGUUACGAGCAGGCAGAUUCUGUUACCAUUGUACAUUUUCUUCUGUCUUCAUGCUAAGCUAAGCUAUGCUAUGCUAAGCUAAAUUGACCAGCAUCAUCCUUGAUGUGUGGCAGAUGGAUGAAGUCUCAUCUAACCUACAGGUUACUACAGGUUUACUAGUGAGUGUCACUAAACACUGUUUGUGCAGAGUAUUGCUUCUGUCUGACCAUAAAAUACAAUUUACUUAAAAUCUGCUGCUGUAUCAUGAGACUCUUAACCUACGUUUCUCCCUUAUCAAAAUUUGAAAACAAUUAAUGAAUGGGACAAAACCUAUACAGGUUGAACAUACAGUAUGUGUUGUAUGACACCUUUUACCUCCUUUACUUUUGCUCUGUAAAUAUUGAUAUUUGUGCGUGUUGGCAGUCGUAAACAAGCUUAUCAGUUUUACAUUUCUAACCAAAUAGCCUUCAGGUUGUGUCAGACACUCGAACUAAACAGAUCAUGAAAGGACGGGUAGUUUUGUUUUUUGCUGCUUUUAACUUUAUCUGAUAUUUCUUUUCUUUUGUAUUUGAUAAUGGUAUAUUAUUUGUCUUUAAAAGAGACGAUUUUUUGGCUGAUGCUUCAUAAAGGACUUUACACUGUCAAAUGUUUUCUUUUAUUUAUGGGGGAUGCUUAGGUUAAAAAAAAAAAGAAAAGGGAACCUUUCAACAAUCCUUCUGUUUUGGGUCAGGAUGAUGUUAGGCAUAUGAACAGCAUCUGAUGAGUGGACAAUCUCAUUUCCCCCACCUCUGAUUGUGUUGCUUUGAAGCCAGAUGGUUGGUUGUGUUUUUUCCUGUAUUAUAAAAUGGAUGGUGUAUGCUUAUGAAUAGACAAGAAUGUUUUUAGUAAUCUAGAAAUGUCAGGAAGCUUUUUCAAUAAAAUAAUGGUACACUGGUGUAAAUAAAAUAAAAUAAAAAUCUACACAAUGUUCAACAGUGUUUAUGUAACACAGAACUCUAGUCACACUGUAACAGUUCAGGCAGAAAUGUUUAAACCAGUUCCUACUGUGGGACAUCGUGCUUACAAGAGCGU